AUUGAGAGUUGGCAACUUAGAACACGAGCGGCUGCACAUCAAAGCCGAGUGGCGAGUCCACGGCACCAAAAAUAUUCCUUGCAUGGCACGGAGCUUUGGGUUACAAUACUCUUAUCUGCCUUUUUACAGUCGCGUGCCGUCCUCUGCCUCACCUGUGCCUCCCGACCUGCUGCCCUGAUAGCCUCACAGGACAGCCCAAGAGCUCAUAAGGGUCACUAGAUCUUCGCAGCAACUAUAACGUCUGCCUACCUUGGAUUCUCCUGUCGCAAUAACCCAGUAACUCACGCUUAUGUUGGCUCUCCAGACGUGCAUUAUCAGUAGAUAAAAUAUAAACGAAUAGGAGUACUACACGAAAAAAUUGAUAAGCGCCAAACAAAACCAAGAUUUACUAUAUGUACGACCCCCUGAAGAAUAAGUAAAACUAUCUGAAUAUAUAGAAAGUUAGGCCACAAUGGAUGUGACAGAUAAUGAAGACUACUCUGAUGGUGACAGUGCUGGUGGUGAUGUAAGGAAUUUGAGCAUGUCUGAGAGUCAUGGCUCAGACUUUUCUGAUGCCGACAAUACUGACUCUCGUGAUGUCAGUGAUUCUCAAUCCACCCCUCUUGGUAGUGACCCUCUGGCCCAGCUCUUAGCUACUCCAGAGCAUGCAGACCGAGACAGCACCACCCCCAGCAGGGACCCUCUCCAUGAAGAAAUGCAUGGAGUUGGUGAUUUUUCUGCAGGUCGAGAGUAUGCACCAAGCAAGGACCAAGAGGUUGACAUAGGUGAUAGUGGGGACAUCCUCCUCCCCAAGCCAGUGACCCCACAACCUGGUCUCAAUAAGAAUGAACGCAAGAAGGAGGGGAAAUCUAAGCGUGAGCAAGAAGAAGAGGAACGGGAGAGGAUGCAAGUCCUAGUGUCUAACUUCACAGAGGAGCAGCUGGAUCGCUAUGAAAUGUUCCGCCGAUCAGCAUUCCCCAAAGCUGCUAUAAAGAGAGUAAUGCAAACCAUCACUGGUUGCUCAGUGUCCCAGAAUGUGGUCAUUGCCAUGUCAGGCAUUGCUAAGGUGUUUGUUGGAGAAGUCCUGGAGGAGGCUCUGGAUGUGAUGGAAACAGAGGGAGAAUCUGGUCCGGUGCAGCCCAAACACCUCCGGGAAGCCAUCAGAAGGCUGCGAAGACGUUCAGGGCAGCACAUCCCCACCAUGAAACAGCAGCGGCCUUUAUUCAGGAUAUGAUCAGUGCACAUGUAGAUUAUAUGCUGCCAGUCAUUCAUGUAAGGUGCUUGACUGGGUGAUAUAAAGCUGGCUGAACAAAGACUUCAGCAGUAGCAAACCUUGUAAGUUUUCACUUUCUCAUCAUUAUUAUUAUGGUCAUCAUCAUUAUCAUUACUUACCACCCUCCUUAAUCCCACUACAGGACAGAUGUAUAACCGUUUCAUCUCUCAAUUGCCUGUCAAUUCAAAGCCAUUUCAGAAAAGAUUUCAAUCCCAUGUAAUUCUCUGUUUGCUCUGGUUUCCUUUAUUUUCCAGAUCCAUCCUGUUUUUGUUUUUGUUUUAUUGUCUACAUGUUAUCCAUCAUCUGUGUAUCAUUUACAGUGGUGUCAUUACAGAUGCUGAUGAUGACUUUAUUUGUUUCAAGGCUGCGGUGUUGUGUGUCCCAUACAUGUGUUAUCUGUCAGGUUGGCUGAAUGAAUUUUCAAAUCCCCCUUCCUGAGACAAUUGUUGGCUAACAUCACUUAAUGGUUAACCCUGACAUUUGUACUUAAGUUCAUCAUCAUUUGGGCCCUGCCUUAUAUGGCAUGGUACAGGUAUCCAUUACAUUAAAAAAAUGAAAAUGCAAGAGACCACACACAAAAAAAAAUUGCAAGUGCUUUGAACUCUUUGUUUUGGAUGGAGUGCAAAUAGGCACCAAGGAAAAAUUCUGAUGUCAUGCAAGGUAGUGGUAAAAUAAGUCACAUUUCAAGCAUGCCAGUUACAUCUUUGUAAUUUUUGGACCAAAGUCUAAUUAUUAAUUACUUUGUGGUUGCAACAAACAUGGAUUCAGAAAUCAAGGUGUCACGAAGCUUGAUGCAUUUCUAUGCAAACUUUAUCUAAUAAGCUACAUAGUAGUAUAUGCUUUGGUCUUGCCACUCACUCCAUGGCUGGGUUAAAAGUAUAUUGUCACUAUUCUCAACACAUUGUUAAAGGUGUGUCAAAGUGAAUGAGUAAGGGAACUGAAAACUCUCUCCUUGGUAUUUUUACAAUUAUAUAAAUACAUACAAUAAAGGUUUAUAUGCUGAUAUUCCAAUAUUUGUAAGCUAUUUAUAUUGAACAUAAUUUAUACAAUAAAGAAAUUGAUCCUCA